UGGCUACAGAAUUUUGAAUAACAAAAAGAAGAUGAUACAAAAAGCAUUAUUUUUCCUCCGAGAGUGGUACAUUGCUGCUUAUCUGCAAUGGCGUUGAGCAACUGAAGGACACACACACUCUAGUUUGUUUCACUUGAGUGUUUAAGAACUAACACUAUCUCAUUCUCAACAUCAAGCACUUAACCAUGGUAAUAGUAGCACUAUCUUCUCCUUUACCAGGGAGAACUAACCUCUUUUCCUCCUUACCACCUCCCCACGACCCCACCUACUCCUCAUCCGCCACCCCACGUCCCCCCAUCCCCAUCCCCAAAUACCCUCCCCCCAAAAAAUCCCAAACCCCACCACCACCCAACCCCGCCCUCAAAUACCACCGUAACUCCAAAUACUACAAACCAAUUCAACAAAACGGCGUCCUCACAUCCGACGGCGACCGCUCCGUUAUCAUCGGCGAAUCCGGCGUCUCCUACCUUCUCCCCGGCGCUCCAUUUGAGUUUCAGUUCAGUUACUCCGAGACUCCGAAAGUGAAGCCGCUGGCAAUUCGCGAACCGGCUUUUCUCCCGUUCGAACCCCCUACGAUGCCGAGGCCGUGGACCGGAAAAGCGCCGUUGAAGAAGUCGAAGAAGAAUAUUCCGCUUUUUGAUUCGUUUAAUCCUCCGCCUCCUGGUAUGAAAGGAGUUAAGCAAGUUGAAAUGCCGGGUCCUUUUCCGGUUGGGAAGUUUCCGGAAGAAGGAAUGAGUAGAGAAGAGAUACUUGGGGAGCCUCUUAAGAGGUGGGAGAUUCAAAUGCUUGUUAAGCCUAUGACGUCUGAUAAUCGUCAGGUUAAUCUCGGAAGGGAUGGAUUAACACAUAACAUGUUGGAGUUGAUACAUUCGCAUUGGAAACGUCGCCGUGUCUGCAAAAUUCGUUGUAAAGGUGUUCCCACUGUUGAUAUGGAUAAUGUUUGCCGCCAUAUUGAGGAGAAAGCAGGGGGGAAAAUAAUUCAUCGAGUUGGUGGUGUAGUUUAUCUUUUCCGUGGCAGAAAUUACAACUACCGUACUCGUCCACAGUAUCCAGUGAUGCUCUGGAAGCCAGCCGCUCCUGUUUAUCCAAAACUUAUACAAGAUGCUCCAGGAGGAUUAGCGAAAGCUGAAGCAGAUGGAUUACGGAAGAAAGGGAAAAGCAUGUUGCCAAUAUGUAAAUUAGCAAAAAAUGGAGUAUACACAUCACUUGUAAAGGAUGUCAGAGAUGCUUUUGAAGGAAGUCCUUUGGUGAAGAUCGACUGCAAGGGAUUGGAUCCUAGUGAUUACAAGAAAUUAGGUGCUAAGCUUAAGGAUUUGGUUCCUUGUGUGCUAUUGUCUUUUGAUGAUGAACAGAUAUUGAUGUGGAGGGGCAAAGAGUGGAAAUCAAAGUACCCACAAGCUCCAGUUUUUACUCCUAAUUUGGACAAUACAGGCAAGGUUGGAGAUAAUCAAUCCAACCAUAUCGGCAACAUCAGCCCAAAAAUGUUAUCUCUGUGGAAGAGUGCAAUUGAGUCAAACAAAGCUUUAUUGCUAGAAGAAUUUAAUCUUGGUCCUGAUGCUCUCUUGGAGAAGGUAGAAGAAUUUGUGGGUAUUUCACAGGCAACAGAGCACUCAUACCCAGCAUUUACUUCUUCAAGUGAAGUUGCUAUUGAAGGUUCAAUUGUAAAUUUCGAAGAUGGUACAGAAGACAAGUAUUCAAAUAACGACAGCCUAGAGGAUUUUGAUGAUGAUGAUUAUGAUAAUUACGAUGUCGAUGAAAAUGACGAGUUGUAUGAUAUAGUGGAUACAUCAGCUCGUCCGGGAUCAUUACCGGUUGAUUUGCUUGUUGAUAAGCUCAAACCGAGACGAAAAGAGUAAGUCUUGAAAAAAGAAAAAGCUAUGAUAACUUUUGAAGAGCAUGUAAAUUGUCAAAAUAGCAGACAUAAAAUGUAAAAUUACUAACAAUGAAAAAAAUUGUUUGUUGUAUAUAAUCAAUUGUUCAUUUUCUCAAUAAA